GCUACCUUCACACUGUUUGAACAAGAUGGCGUCCAGCAGAACCAGGUGUUAGCAGAGUGUCUUUGUUGUGUUUUUAAAGUGUGAACAUGUCUAAAGUCCAAAUGCUGAGAUCGUUGGUGAAGCAGCGACUAACUGCGGCUGCUGAAGAGAUUUUUGGGCUGUUUGAAAGAACGAUAGCAGAGUACGAGGAGGAACUUUGUCGAUCAAAAGAGGAGAACGAGCGACAACGGAAACUACUGGACGCUGUUUUCAACCCUCAACCUCAGUUAAACGAAGGAGACGUCCAGCAGCUGUUGGUGGUUAAAGAAGAGGUUCCCCCUGAGCAGCAGGAGUGGAGCUCCAGUGUGGACCAGGAGGACCCAGAGCCUCCACACAUUAAAGAGGACCAGGAGGACCCAGAGCCUCCACACAUUAAAGAGGAACAGGAGGAACUCUGGAUCAGUCAGGAGGGAGAGCAGCUUCAAGGGCUGGAGGAGGAUGAUAUCACCAAGUUCACAUCCACUCCUGUCCCUGUGAAGAGUGAAGAUGAUGAAGAGAAACCUCAGUCCUCACAGUUUCAUCAAAGACACACUGAACAGGUGGAAACUGGAGCUGAUGGAGAGGACUGUGGAGGACCAGAACCAGCCGGGAACUCAGAUCCAGAUACACAUUUACAGCCUGAGACUGUUGACAAGACUGGAGAGUUUUCUGAGCCUGAGACUGAUGACAGUAAUUAUGACUGGAAGGAGACCAGAGAAUAUCAGUCAGGUUUAAACGCUUUGAAAAAUGAUGAAGACCCUGUCAGUGAUUGGAGGUGUAGUGCUGGUGAGAAAUCAUUCAGCUGUGCUGAGUGUGGGAAAAGAUUGAGCUCAGGGCAACAUCUGAAGAGACACAUGAUGACUCAUACAGGAGAGAGACCGUUCAGCUGCCCAGUUUGUAAGAAAUCUUUUACACAUCGUGGAAAUUUACAGACACACAUGAGAACUCAUACAGGAGAGAAACCUUUCAGCUGCCCCGUUUGUAAGAAAUCGUUUAUAGAGAGUGGGUAUUUACAGAAACAUAUGAUAAUCCACACAGGAGAGCAACCUUUCAGCUGCUCUGAGUGUGGGAAAAGAUUCCUUCGCAAGCAAACCUUAGUUCACCACAUGAGAACCCACACAGGAGAGAAACCUUUCAGAUGCCCUGAGUGUGGGAAAAGAUUCAGCCUAAGGCAACAUCUAAAGAGACACAUGAUGACUCAUACAGGAGAGAAACCGUUCAGCUGCUCAGUUUGUGAAAAACCUUUUACAGAGCGUGGAAAUUUACAGAAACACAUGAGAACUCAUUCAGCAGCGAAACCUUUCAGCUGCCCCGUUUGUAAGAAAUCUUUUACAGAGAGUGGAAACUUACAGACACACAUGAUAAUCCACACAGGAGAGAAACUUUUCAGCUGCAAUGUUUGUGAGCAGAGAUUCUCUUGGCCUACACAGUUCAGAAACCAUCAGUGUGUUGGGUGUCAGUCCUCACAGCCUCAUCACAGUCAGACUGAGGAGAACAGAGAGGCAGAGCCUCCAGCCAGCAGCUCAGCUCAACAGAUGGAAACAGACUCUGAUGGAGAGGACUGUGGAGGACCAGAACCAGCCAGGAACUCAGAUCCAGNCAGACUCUGA